AUGCGAUGGGCUAUUCAUCGUUUGGGGUUUUAUUGGCCAAAGAUAUUUGAUGAUUGUAUCAGAUUUGCUAAAGGGUGUCAGGAGUGCCAGAGGCAUGGUCCAUUAAAUCAUCUGCCAGCAAUGGAACUCCAGAAAAUGGUUAAGUCGUGGCCAUUCAAGGUCUGGGCGUUGGAUGUAAGAGGGAAAGUUCAUCCGGCGUCAUCAAAGCAACAUUCGUUCAUUGUAGUAGCAACUGAUUACUUUACCAAACGGGUAGAAGCAGUCCCAUUGAAUAAUACGAUGCAGAAAGAGUUCAACAUUAAAUUGCCUCAUUCUUCACCUUAUUACCCACAAGCUAAUGGGUUGGCCGAAGCGGCAAAUAAAAUCGUCAUCGGUAUCAUCCGAAAAAUGGUAGAAGGAAAUCCAAGGAAAUGCCAUACACUGCUAUAUCAGGCAUUGUGGGCCCACCGAAAUAGUAGAAAUACUUCUAAUGAAUUCUCCCUAUACCAAUUAACGUUCGGGCAAGAUGUUGUUCUGCCAGCAGAAUUUGUUGUAUCUUCACCCAGAGUGGGUAAUACAACAGCAAAUAUUGAUGAGGCGUAUGCACAAGGGAUGUGGCAACAACUGGAGGAGGUGGACACAGAUCGGUUAAAUGCUCUGGAUCAAGUGGUUAGACAGAGUGAGAUUAGAGCAAAGUAUUAUGGAAAAAGAGUGUCCCCAAAGGUUUUUGCAGAAGGAGAUUUGGUGUGGAAAAUAAUUAUGCCUACAUAUAAGAAGGUGGACCAAUUAGGGAAAUGGUCCCCCAAUUGGGAAAGCCCUUUUAUCAUUCACAGAGUAAUUGGAACUAGAGCUUUUAUUAUUGUGAACCAAGAAGGAAAGCUGGUUCUUCAUCCAGGAGGUCCUCUAAAUCAAGACGAUAACAAUCCCAUUGAUCUUGCAUUUCUUGAAGAGGCUCAUUUGGGUCUGGCAAUGUUCCUCCACCAGGUGACUCCCUUCAUGGAUGUUGUCAUCCAGGGACUCCAACUGUUCUUGAAGACGUUUGAGUUCUUCCGUCUUUCGGGAGAUCUCAGCCGCCAGCGUUUGUCGCGCCUGUCGGAGUUCGUCCAGCGUAGUCUUGGCAAGGUUGAGGUCUUGGUCGACCUUCUUCAAGGAUGCCUCAAGACUGGCUAG